GUCAAAUCAUGACGAUCUCGUAUUUUUCGUUGUGUUAUGCUUUUUUUGUUUGCAGUUUAGGGGUAAAGCUUGAAUAUUCAGAGACCGAAAAGGUUCUGAAUUCUAUCUUACCAAAAUUACAACCCCAGGAAUUACCCGACGGGGAUGACGAAUUUGGCGAGAAGAAACACCAGUAUUUUACAAAUUAUGUCCAGAACCUUUAUAAAGAAAUAUAUUUGAGCGACAAAGAUAAAUCAGUGCAUGUUUCAAAUGAUAGAACAUUUACUGACGACCAGAAGGACUUAGCUAGUAUUCAUAUUCUACAGGAAAACAAUUUUAACCAGAAAAACCAGAAAAAUCUUCAGUUUGACAUUUCAAGUCUGCCACGGGAUAUUGACGUUUCUCUUGUUGAAAUCGUGACGCAACAAAGCAAUUCUCAUAAGAUGUCAAAGAAAAUACCAGGCGUUACUGAGGACUAUAAUAUAAAAGACGUGACGAAAGAUUUUCAAGUUUUCUACAGUUUAGGAUCUUCUUUGUUUGAAGUGGGGCUUGAUAAAGAAAUUCGGAGGCAUGCCGAUAUCAAUGCACAAUUAGUAAUUUUUGAAAACGUCAACAAGACUCAACUGGCUUCACUUCGAGUACGACAUAGAAGAGACAUACGAGAUUUCUUGACAGAACGGGAUUUAGGUGUAAACACAACCGAUUCGUUUUGUUCAGUAGAACCAUGGAUUGUAAAUUUUAGUGAACUUGGUUGGGCACAUUGGUUGUGGGCCCCUUCUUCAUACCAUGCAAAUUCGUGUUCCGGCAGCUGCAGAAUUCUCUACAACACUAAUAAUACAAUUUCCGGUCAUGCUAUGAUCAAACGGUAUUCUAAAGCUCAUUAUUUGAAACAGGGGAGAUCACCUGGACAUUUGGACUUGUCCACUUAUUGCGUACCAGCUUCAUACGAAGCACUUACAAUCAUUUACCUAGCAAGGCAAAACAUUAUUACUGUGAGUCAGAUUCCAAAAAUGAAAGUAACGUCUUGUAUGUGCGUUUAAAACUUUUCUGUUAAUUUUGACAGUGAUAUUCCGAGAAUGAACGAGCUUCAUAUUGGCUUUGAUACGGUUUGUUUAUAUUUGAUGUCAUUUAGUUUUUUAAGGAUGAGAAGUUGUUAAGAAUUAAAAACAGCGCUUUUCUUGACAAUCAUAUAUUAGAAUCUAAUAUCAAAUAUAUAAAUAGUUUCAUUCGAUAUUUGAUGAUGAAUAAAACAAAUACAGAGAUUUAUACU